AAAUAAUCAUCAUUUCAUCAUACUGACCAAAGGCGCGAAUGAUUACGUCGUUACGGGACUGGUGAAGAACAGAGCCAGAGAAAAAAGAUUUUUUUUUUUUUUAGAAAAAAGAAAGAAUUGAUGAGAAGUAGAAUACUAGAAUCCAAGUGAAGGCCCUUUUGUCUGGAUUCCAAAUCCAACCUGGACACAGCGCCCACAUCCGCCCCACCCCUCAAAGAAACCAACCAAUCCGGAUCACAUAUGUUCGUACAUCCAGACAGUCAUUUUCUGAUUCCAUUUCGUUUUUGGGUUUUUAAUAAAUUGUGCUAGUAAUUCCCAGGUCGAGAAAUUCGGGACAAGACAGAUACUUUCUGGGAUUUUGAUUUAUGUGCGGUUGGGAAUCGAUGGAUAAGUUUAACGAAGAAGAUUUCUUAUGACCCAAUUAGGGGUUAUCAGACGAAGCUGCCAGAAGAACAACAAAUUGGGUUUCGGAUUCCGAAAUGGCCGAGCUUUGUUUGGUGGCUUCCCAUGGUUAUCCUCCUGGGUUCUUCUCCUUCCAUCCAGCUGAGCAAGCUCUAAGCGGCAAGGUGUUUAAGGACUAUCAAACCCUUCUCUCCAAUCCAGGAUUGAGCCAAGAUUCUCAGCACGCAUAUUUGUACAGACCAGCACUACAUUUGACAGAGGACCAGUUCAAACCACCAGUUAGUAUCUUGGGCAGUAACGACUUUUUCAGGCACAAAUCAACUACACCUAAACAUGUGUUCAAUGAUGGUCAAGCAGAGCACCCUGAUUCUCUACUUUUUGGGUUAGCAAAACAAUUUACCUUGCGUGAGAAAUUUAUGAGGCUGCUCGUGUCGGGACACAGUGAUUUAGAAAGAAGUGGCAUAGAUCUAUCUGUGCUUUUUGAUUGGAUGGAACGUCAAACUCUAGUCAGGAACAGGCCUCAACUGCCCCUCAUACCUUAUGAGGCCCCUCUUGACUAUGAGAAUCAGCCUCCUCUAAUUUCUCUCAGUGGUGAAUUUUUCUCUGAACAACCUAUUCUCAUGGGAGAUGUGAGCCACGGUUCAGGUAUUACAUAUGAUAUUCAUCACCCUCAACCUGAUGAACAAGUGUCACUUGCUGGUUCACGGGUAGAAAUGGAGGAUGUAUUUUCAUCCCUUUCUGAGCUGUACUCAUCAAAGAACUCAAUCAAGUGGAAGAAGCUGGAAAUGGUGGUUCCUUACUUUGAUAGGAGGAUUAAAAAAGCAGCAAGAGUUGAUGUUACAGGAGUGUCUAAGGAUUCAUUGAAGAGGUGUGCGAAAAUGAAGAGCAAGGCAUCACCUAAAAAGAAGAGCAAUUUGAAAGCUGUGAAAAAUGGGGAGCCAUACAGAAACAACUCAUUCCGUGCAUGUGAAAGCCUUCUAUCUGUCAUAUUUGACAAGAACCAAAAUGGGAAAACUGCUAUCCAUUCGCUCAGAAGGUCGGGUCCCCACCUGCCAAAGGUUCUCACGCAGUUUUCUGCCAGCAUUGCAGGGACUGGUCUGGCCGUUCUCUUCUCUGUGGUUUGCAAGGUGGCUUGCUGUCAGGUGCCGUUCUGUGGUACAAAACUCCUUAGUGCCAGCUUAGGUGUUGGGCUUGUUUGGCUUUCUUGGGCAGUAAAUAAAUUGAGGGAUACUGUACUCACCAUCAACAAGAGUGCACCAGAAUUGGAUUUGAGAGAGGAUGAGAUAUUGGAUAAGUUGGAUGAAAGUUUCAAGGAAAUUUACUUUCGAGCAGCAGCGAUUCUUGCAGUAGCAGUUCUCAGGCUUGCAUAAAUAUAACAGUAGAAUACCCUUUGUUUCUUCAAUACUAGUUUUAUGUCGGGUUAUAAUGGUGAAUUAGCGGGGAUCAGAAUGGCUUUCCCUCAUCUAGUUAGACCAGAACAUUUUAACAAAAACACUUUGCUAAAUGCUACACCGUGUAUGCGGACUUGGUAGCUAAAUGCUACACCAUGUGAAAUGUGAUUAGAUUUCUGUUUGUAUACUUCUGUUUGUAUGUGGUCCCUUCUUACUUCAAUUUACUGAAUUGAUGCUAGCUCUAGUUAUGAAUGAUCUUAAUUGUUUCCA